GUCAUGGUAUUCUGCUCUAGGGUUGAAAGUAAUACUUUUUAUGAAAUAUGAAAUCAACUGGAUUAAUGUGAUUCAUGCUCAUCAACUUGAAAUAUUAGAAAGACUUCAUGGAAAAUGAGGCACACCACAUUUUCUGAAAUGAAGACUACAGUAGUGUCAAAUUAAGAGACUCUUCAAACAGUUGACUCUUACAAGGUCAUUUCCUGGGUAAAGUGUUUUGAGGAAUAAGCAACUGUCAAUGUUUUCUGAGUUUAAAGAAGCUCCAUGUUAAGACGAAGCUGCUGACAGGCCACAAAGAAGGAAACCAAAAAAACAUACAAAGCAGAUUUGAAAAACUCGAGAAAACUAAGAGUCUGGGAUCUUUUAGCAGAAGCAGUGUGGCUUCGUGGACAGAGAGCUGAUCUUGGAGUCAGGAAACCGCUCAUCUGAUAUUUACUCUGUGACCUUAGAUUUUCAACUGAACAUUCAGGAUAUGAUCACUCUGGUGUUGAAAGAUCAACAAUCUUGUGAAUUAUGAAUAGCAACAUAUCUCAGCCAGAUAAUGAAACAUUACUGAUGCUUGAGAACCCAACCAUUGCUGUGGCCCUCCCAAUCGUGUACUCACUGGUGGCCCUCAUCAGCAUCCCUGGGAAUCUCUUUUCCCUCUGGGUGCUGUGCCAAACCAAACCCAAAUCACCUUCUGUCAUUUUUAUGAUCAACCUUUGCGUCACAGACCUCAUGUUGGCUGUAGCUCUCCCUUUUCAGAUCUUCUAUCACCUGAAUAACAAUGACUGGCUCUUUGGGAAGUUCCUCUGUAACCUGGUGACAGUCGUCUUCUACACCAACAUGUACUCUUCCAUACUAACCAUGACCUGCAUCAGUGUAGAGCGGUUCCUGGGGGUUGUAUACCCCUUGACCUCUACCAGGUGGAGAAGGAAGAGAUAUGCAGUUUUGGCUUGUAUAGGCAUAUGGCUCCUUUUAUUACUUGCCCUGUCCCCCUUGGCUAUCACAGACCUGACCUAUGAAGUAAAAGCCCUGGGAAUCAUCACCUGCUUUGACGUCCUCAAGUGGAACAUGCUGCCCAGCCUUGCAAUGUGGGCCAUUUUCCUCUUCACCUUGUUCAUUUUUCUCUUCCUCAUUCCCUUCAUUGUGACUGUGGCCUGCUACACCGCCACCAUCCUCAAGCUGAUCCAGACUUCUGGAAGGUAUGGGAAUGGGCAGAAAAGCCGGUCCAUCUGUCUUGCUGGCAUUGUCCUCCUUGCCUUUGUCACUUGUUUUGCUCCUAACAACUUCAUACUCCUGGUGCACAUGGUCAGUCGCCUAUAUUUCAACAAGAGCUACUACCACAUCUAUAAGCUUACCCUCUGUCUCAGCUGCCUCAACAACUGCUUGGAUCCUUUCAUUUACUACUUUGCCUCCAAAGAGUUUCAUCAGAAAUUAAGGAAGUUCCUAGGUAAAAAUUCACUCUUCAGUGAUAGCUCAGAGGCCAGAAGAGAAAGUUUGUUCUCUGCCAGGACACUGUCGGGCAGGUCAAUGUCAAGUGGACAGGGGGAAGGGUCAGCUGGAGGCAGCCGGGCCUGUUUGAAAAGACAGGAAAGCUUGCUUUAAUAGUGGUAUGAGAGCCAG